UAGAACAAGGGUUCGACAUCUGCCUUUAGUUGUGAUGGUUAGGAGUAGAGUACUGUAAGGGGCUAGGGAAGGCAUUAUGUCAGUGGAGGUCCUGUGGAGGAUGUGUGUGUGAGUGUGUAUGAGUGUGUGUGGGGGGGUUAAAGUUGAAAAUGAAGCAGGCAGCAACAGAUCAAUCUGCACUUUCAACAGUUGGACAAACUUUGGAGCGUGUGUCAGCAGCGCGCACUCAGUGACAAACGGUGCAUGUCGCCAAUAGAUAUAUAUUAUAUAUAAGUUACACUGGCAUCUGAUUUAUGGACGCACUGCAUGCUUGUGCUUCACUUAGUGUAAAACCACAAGCACGUAUUUCACCCGCAAACACUAGGCGACUUCUGCGCUAUUUUGGUGGUGAUGAUGACGAUGAUGAUGAUGAGGAUGAGGAUGAUGAUGAUGAUGGACUAUUAAUCUACAAACGUACGCAAAGACUUAUAAAGAUCGUCAUGCUUAUUAGUUAAUCCCUUUUCAAUAUUAUUCUAAUUCGAUUAUCAGACAGUUUAAUUUAGUUUCAGGUUUUUAUUGUUUUUAUUUUUUUUUUCCUUGAGCAGAUUCAGCUCCGUAGUUGUUCAAGUUCCACGAAAGACGUUCCGAAGUUUGCCAAAAAUAAAAGCUACAACCUGAAUUGUAAUUGUAAAAUUAUUAUUAAUUGCUAAAAUUGUGCCUUUUAAGAACACGGUGGCUGACAACAGAUUAAAUGUUACAUGAAAAAUAAGAAUCCACUCUGAGUGUUUCGGCCCGGACCGCUGGUACUAUUUGACGCAACAGCCGCCAUGUGUUCAGGCUGUGGAAGCCACAGCAGGCCUCCAUCUUCACGCACGCGCUAUUCGCUGCCAAUUUCAAAAAUCCGUUUUAAUGAGGUAUAUUGUUUUAAUUAGUGGUAUUGUUUUACUACGUUUUAUUUUAUUCAUUGAUUUCACAGCGAAGAAGUUCUUUUUGGCCGAUGUUGUUGUAGCGGCUUUUGAUUCAUGAGCCACUCUUAAAGUCGACAGUUACGCGAGUCGACGCAGGUAAAAGACGUCCUGAGGUGCAGCCGCACCUAAUGACCCGGAGUCAUGACAUGAUCAGCAGGUCACCCAUGACGGACCAACACCGCACUCUUGUCUUUGUUAAACGGAUCCCAGGUCAGUGAUGGUGGGGGUCCAGGUCCAGGUCCAGAGCGCAGUGCGCCUGGGAGCCCCCUCCGCCCCGGCGCAAAGUCAGCGCCACGGAGGCGAGGAGCGGGGACACAUCUCCGCUGGCUUCACACCACGCAUCACUGGGAACGGCGUAUGCGCGCGCUCGCGCGCGUGCCUGCGAUUUAAAGAAAACGUCCCACUGAGCUCUUGCCUCAGAGCGAGCGGCGCACAGGCAUUAAACGCAGCUCGGGAGCACUACGGCAGGCGAGGCCAGCGUGGAGCCGCCGCUACCGCAGCAUCUCCGGGUCCCGCGCUCAGAGGCCACGUGCAGAGGCUAGAAAGGGAAACAGCCGCUGUCUGCUGAGCUGCGGCGCGCAGGAUGGAUUUAAGCAGAUGAUAGCUGACUGGCUGAGCAAUGCUGCAGGAGAAGGCUUCAGCUGGAACCGAUGACUGCACAAGCCGCGUCCAGAGCGGCGCACAGACAGAUCUCCCCCCGGGCCUGUCCACAGCACCGGCCAUUCCCAGCUCCAGUGAGUCCGAACAGAACAUCGAGAACAUUAAGGUGGUGCUCCAUGAGAGAGAACUGUGGAAGAAGUUCCACGAGGCCAGCACAGAGAUGAUCAUUACCAAAGCAGGAAGGAGGAUGUUUCCCAGCUACAAGGUCAAAGUGAGCAAGAUGAACUCCAAAACCAAGUACAUCCUGCUGAUUGACAUUGUUCCAGCUGAUGACCACCGCUACAAGUUCUGUGACAACAAGUGGAUGGUGGCUGGAAAGGCGGAGCCAGCCAUGCCAGGGAGACUGUACGUGCACCCGGACUCCCCGGCCACCGGCGCCCACUGGAUGCGGCAGCUGAUAUCGUUUCAGAAGCUCAAACUAACCAACAAUCACCUGGACACGUUUGGCCAUAUCAUCCUGAACUCUAUGCACAAGUAUCAGCCGAGGCUGCACAUACUCAAAGCUGAUGAAAACAAUGCCUUUGGCUCCCAGAACACUGCCUACUGUACCCACGUCUUCCACGAGACCGCCUUCAUCUCUGUGACCUCGUACCAAAACCACAAGAUUACACAACUGAAGAUAGAAAACAAUCCAUUUGCCAAAGGGUUCCGCGGCAGUGAAGAAGGCGAUCUGCGUGUUUCGAGACUCCAGGGGAAGGAAUAUCCCCUAAUCACAAAGAACAUGGUCCGUCAAAGGCUCCUGUCCUCACACAGCCUGGCAGGGAAGCUCACAGCAGGAGUCCUAACGGGCCACAGCCAGGUCCUGUCCAGCUACCAGUAUGACAGUGGGCUUCCUCCCUCAGAGGACCCCACGUCCACUCACUUCCCUCAGAGCAGAGAGCCCAGCCUGCUGUACCACUGCUUCAAACACAGAGAUAACAGCCGUGUGGAGCUGGGAUGCAAGCGCUCAUACCUGGAGACGUCGCCCACCGCCUCAGAGGAGCAUUUCUUUUGUUCAGCUCAUUCUUGUGAAUCCUCUCUCCUGCCUCAUUCUUUCUGCGCCGAGGCACUGACGUCCAGGGAAGCCUGCAUGUACGGCAGCGUGGAGGCAGAGUCUGGCCCGGGAGCAGCAGAACCGGGUGACCCAGCCAACUCCCCUUCCCUAAACUGCAACAUGUGGGCCUCUGUGCAGCCCUACCCUCGCUACAGCGUGGAGGGGAUUCCGUACCAGCCCUUCUCUGCCCACUUCAGCGCCGCCUCACAGCCCGCGCCGCCCAUGGUGCCGAGGCCGCAGGCGGACGUGGGCGUCUACAGCUGUGCUCCUCUCCAGAGGGGUCUACCCGUCAUACACGCAGCCUCCUCCACAUCAUGCUCCCCAGCUGCUCCAGGGUCCCGAGAGCGGCCAGGGCAGCAGGCGCUGCACCAUAAAAACCCAAGCUCUCCGUUCCGGCCCCACAGAGAUUCCUCAGCCUAUCCCACAUCAAGCGGUCUGUGUGUGCGGGAGCCGUCGUACCCAUACCAAGGGGAGCUGAGCAGUGCAGCGGCGCACUGGACUGACAGCUAAUGUGGAUCAACCUGUUCUCAAUCUAAAAUCCACAAAUGAAUCAGGGCGUUCUCGCCCAGUGUGGGAAAGGGCCACGGAGCACUGCACUGAGGAGAAGAGCUGAUGUUACAGUGAGGUGAUUAAUGACCAUAACCAUGUGAGCACCCCCACCGCUCCCUGCUGUCAUCCACCACUCAUCCUAUGGUGCAGAACCUCUUUGCUAUCUAAGACCCUGGAGCCCUUCCUCACCUUAACACAUUAACACCAGACAUUACUGGUGAUCAUAGACACACCCAGUAACCAUUCUGAAAAACGAGCUGCCUGUUUGGAAACAAUGAUGCUAUAACUUCAGCAAAUACAAGCUACUACUUAAAUGCAGUGAUGGUUUGAAACAUGGCCUCCAUGAAAACAGACCUGGGCCCGUUUACUGCUCCUUCCAAAGGCUCUAAUUCAUUUUAUGUGUUAAAACAUGUAAACUCCUACAUACCGAAAUUUAAGUUUGCCAGUAACUUGUACCAGUUACAGUACUUCUCCAGCUUUUGUAAAAUAACCUGACAUUUGAAAUAAAGUCAUGGUUUCAUAGUCUCGCUAUGCAGAGUGUGGUGCUUGAUUGUGGCUGAGCAUCUCAGCAGAAACCUCCCAGCAGCAGCAGGACAGAGGAUGUGUUGUGUUUGUG